AUGUUUGUUGAUGAUAGCUUGAAAUCCUUCCAUUUUCCACAGGUGCACCGAGAGCUGGCCAUAUGGAGGCGAUUGAACCAUGAAAAUAUAGUCCCGCUCCUUGGAAUUGCAUCGGGCUUUGGCCCAGACAAUUCAAUCUCAAUGGUGUCCAUUUGGUUCACAAAUGGAACGCUCACUUCGUAUCUCGCUCGGAAGCGCGAAACACUUCACCAUAGACCACGUUUGGAACUUCUCAGAGACAUUGCAGCCGGCGUGCAAUACUUACACGCAUCUGAGGUGGUGCACGGUGACCUGUCGGGCAACAACGUCUUGAUUAAUGGCCAGGGCAAAGCGUGUCUUACUGACUUCGGUCUGUCCACCGCGUCUGGAGGUUUCCAAGGUACUUCAUAUUUUGGAGCUGGACGCCAUGGAGCUAUACGCUGGGUUGCUCCGGAGAUCAUAGUUGGCGUUGGUCAACAUUCUACCUUUGCAAGCGACAUAUAUUCAUUUGGCAGUAUCAUGCUGCAGGUCCUCUCCGGCGAAGUUCCUUGGUCAGAAGUAGCGAUCGAGCACGUCAUCGUCCAAAAACUCACUGAUGGGCAAGUUCCAAGACGCCCUUCGAUUGUCUCUCGAACCCACUGGGCUUUCAUUCGAAAAUGUUGGUCACCAAGUCCCCGAAAUGCAACUCGUCCAUCUUCUCGUCCAUCUGCCCCCGAAAUUGUCGAUUUUCUGAACUCUCGAUUACAUGGCAAGAUGUCUUGCUUCUUUCGGCUGACGAUAUAA